AUGCCUGCUUUACCCGAAGAGGAAGAUUUUUGCUUUGAUCAUACUUAUGUCUCCAAAAAAUGCAAAAGUCUACUACAUAGUGAUGAUCCUGAUCAUGUUUUUCGACACAAGGUUUUACUGGCAAUUCACAAAUUAGCUAUCCCUACUUGGUCCCGUGUGCCUGCAGCUUCUCACCCUACUCUCAUAAUUCAAAGAAUUUCAGGUGCGUUAACCAAUGCCGUCUAUUACAUCGCACCUCCUGAAGGAUUCAAAGCGAUCAAGCUCUUGCUUCGUAUUUAUGGACCAAACGCAGAAAUGUUUAUUAAUCGUUUGACUGAGCUAGAGAAUCUCAAACGACUAGCCAAGCAUAGUAUUGGUCCACGUUUGCUUGGUGAAUUUGGCAAUGGACGUUUCGAACAAUAUAUGGAGUCUACCACGCUGACAGCCGAGACAAUUCGAGAUCCGGUACGUUCUAUAUACGUGGCACGCCGUAUCUCUGAACUCCAUAAUGUUAUCCAGUUAACACCAACUGAGCAAUAUGAAUUGCCUAACGCAUGGAAGUUUUGCUUUAGUUGGCUUCCUUUGGCCAGAAAAAAUUUACAAAAUCGGAGACAUCCUUUAUCAAUUACUGUAAACUUUUUGGACGAUUUUGGAAAAGAUUUUUAUCAGUAUUUUCAAUGGUUUUCUAACUGGUCUAAUGAUAAGAAGCAAUGGACCUCCUUGCAGAAUGUCUUUUCCCAUAAUGAUACUCAAUAUGGCAAUAUUUUGCAGAUAAAAACUAAGCGUCGAUCUUUAAAACCAGAAAAUAAGCAUCACAUACUUGUUCCAGUUGACUUUGAGUAUGCUGGUCCCAAUGUACGAGCCUAUGAUCUUGCAAAUUACUUUGCCGAAUGGAUGGCUAACUAUCAUCACCCUACACAUAGCCAUUUGAUGAAUCGUUCUCGAUACCCCACUUUUGAAGACCGCAAGCGUUUUUAUCGUGCUUAUGUUGAACAAGGCGCCGUGUUUCAUAAGAACUUGGUGGUAAAAGAUGCUUCCGAAUUAACGUCUAACCUUUCCGAACCUCUUGAAUCCGAAUUCUCUACUCUGCUACAACAGUUGGAAGAAGCAGUCCGCGCUGUUUCACCAGCGGUAAACGCUGUUUGGGCUUUAUGGGGCGUUAUGCAAUGUGAAGAAGCCGACGACGAUUGGGAAGAUCUUAGCGUAAGCAGUGAACGAGAAGACAGAACCGAUGUUUCUCCCCCAAAAGUUGACUCUACUAAUGUUCCACCCAUUGGCUCAACCUCUUUUGAUUAUAUCAAUUAUAGCAUGGAAAAGUUUAAUUUAUUUUACGAGACCAGUGCUGCCUUGGGUUUAAAUGCUAACAACCGUUCGACCUUUCCUUAUGACUAA